AGUCUUUGCAGCGAUGUCGGAGACCGCGCCCGCCGCCGCGCCCGCCGUUGCGGCCCCCGCCGCCAAGGCAGCCGCCAAGAAGCCGAAGAAGGCGGCGGGCGGCUCCAAAGCCCGCAAGCCCGCGGGCCCCAGCGUCACCGAGCUGAUCACCAAGGCCGUGUCCGCCUCCAAGGAGCGCAAGGGGCUCUCCCUCGCCGCGCUCAAGAAGGCGCUGGCCGCCGGCGGCUACGAUGUGGAAAAGAACAACAGCCGCAUCAAGCUGGGGCUCAAAAGCCUCGUCAGCAAGGGCACACUGGUGCAGACCAAGGGCACCGGUGCCUCCGGCUCUUUCCGCCUCAGCAAAAAGCCAGGAGAGGUGAAGGAAAAAGCCCCCAAGAAGCGGGUAGCUGCAGCCAAGCCCAAGAAGCCGGCGGCCAAGAAGCCUGCCAGUGCUGCCAAGAAGCCCAAGAAAGCUGCAGCUGUGAAGAAAAGCCCUAAGAAAGCUAAGAAACCGGCUGCCGCGGCAGCCAAGAAAGCGACCAAGAGCCCCAAGAAGGCGACGAAGGCUGCCAAGCCCAAAAAAGCAGCGGCAGCAGCCAAGAGCCCGGCCAAAGCGAAGGCGGUGAAGCCCAAAGCAGCCAAGCCCAAGGCAGCCAAACCCAAAACGGCCAAGGCAAAGAAGGCAGCGGCCAAGAAGUGAAGUGUUGAAGUGGAAAUACUUAAACCCAACGGCUCUUUUAAGAGCCACCCACUGCUGUCCCCAAAAGGGCUGAUACACUCCACUAAGGAGUUCCGUGCCUGCAGCAGAGCGGACGACAGGCAGCUAUCCGGGUGGGACUUCCGUCUGUGGAGUGGAUGGGACGCUAAACUUCAUACCGCGGUUACGCUAAGACUUGGAAAAAUAAAGUUUACAUUUUC